CCCGCCCCACGGAGCCACAUAACGCCCCACAGAGCCCCACAAAGCCCUAUGAAGCCCCAUAGAGCCCCGGCUGUGCGGCUGGGGCCGGGAGCCGGCGCUGGGGACACGCCGGUGGCCGCGGCAGGUGGCUCUGCCCGGGAAGGGGAGGAGGCUGGCGGCGCUCCCGGCCCGCCUGCAUCCCUCCCCGCCGGCUGCGAUGCUCAGUCCCGGCUCAGCCUGGCAGCGGCGCGGGCAGGGAGGGCACACGAGCCCGGGGAGGACAUGGAUGAGACGAACCGCACGGAGCCGUGGCAGCGGAGCCUGCAGGCGGUGCUGAGCGCCCUGAACCGGACCCUGCUCGGGGCCGUGCCCUGCCCCAGCCCGGCCCCGGGGGCCACACGAGGUGGCCAGGCUGGCCGCCACGCCAACGCCUACAUGUACAUCCUGUUCGUCAUGACGCUCUUCGCCGCCACCGUGGGCAGCCUCAUCCUGGGCUACACCCGCUCCCGCAAGGUGGACAAGCGCAGCGACCCCUACCACGUCUACAUCAAGAACAGGGUCUCCAUGAUCUGAGCCCGGCACACGCCCUGUCCCCCCGGAGCCAGCGGGCUCAUCCCGCUCGCUGUGGGGUGCGGCAGUGCUGCUGGCCCCAGAGCUGCUGGGAGCCCCCCAAAGCUGCUGAGGACACCCCAAAGCUGCUGAGGACACCCCAAAGCUGCUGGAAACACCCCAAAGCUGCUGGGAGCCCCAUGGAGCUGCUGAGGACACCCCAAAGCUGCUGGAAACACCCCCAAAGCUGCUGGGAGCCCCAUGGAACUGCUGGGAGCCCCAUGGAGAUGCUGAGGACAUCCCAAAGCUGCUGGAAACCCCGCAAAGCUGCUGGGAGCCCCAUGGAGCUGCUGGGAGCCCCCCAAAGAUGC